ACCGACCUAUCAAAAAUUAGUUUUUGUAUAGAAAUUUUUUUUUAUUUCUAAAAGAUAUUCUAGCUUCGGUGGAACCGAAGUUAAUUAUUAUUUUUGUUGUUGUUGUUGUAGUAGCAGAAUUCUUCCGAGUUGAGUCUUUGACCGGAUAAAAAAUCCGGGUCCGUUCCGAUUACGUAAACCCGGCUGUCGUGGGAACGGCUAUUUGCUUUCGUAUAACCUGGUGUAAGUCACCGAACAUCGUUUUUAAUCGUGUAACAAAAAAAAAGUUUUUCCUAAAUAAUAAAUUAUUAGAAGAGCAAAGCCGAGAAAGGUCUUCAAGCUCUUCAACUGUAUAAUUUCCCUUUAAAGGCAUUUACAUGUAAACCCUAUGAUGUUCCAAUGAUAUAUUGUAUUAUAUAAGUACACACAGACAAAUUUUCUAUUUGUCCUUAGAUGCGUAACAGGAUUUGCCAACAAUGCUUCAUGUUUGCUCUUAACAUUAUACAUAGACAAAAUAAUAGAAUUUAAACGUAUAAAAGACUGGCGCAACAGGCAAAUGCAAGUCAUUUCAUUCUCUACGCUGCUCUGCAUAACAGCUCGCCACUGUGCGCCGCAACGAGCUAUCAUCAUAAGCGUAAAACGGUCACUGAAAUGAAUAAAUAUUUGAAUACGUUUGCACUCGUCGCGUUCGUUACAAUUGCAACACCGUCAUUGAGUCAAUUACUGGAGGCACAACCGAUCGACAGCAGUCCCACAGCUGCACCACUCGGCUGCCACCAGCGACUUUAUACAUACCGCAUCACACAAGCGGACGCACAGGGUCGCGAGUGUUGGGAUUAUGUGAGCGUACGUUCCUGUUGGGGUCGUUGUGACUCCAGUGAGAUUUCCGAUUGGAAAUUCCCAUACAAACGUUCUUUUCAUCCCGUUUGUGUACAUGCGACACGCCAACCAGCUGUAGCGGUGUUGCGGAAUUGCCAUCCGGAAGCCGACGAAGAAACGCGUCGUUAUGAAUAUAUGGAGGCUGGCAGUUGUCAUUGUCAUACAUGUUCUACUUUGGAUACCAGUUGCGAAGCGCCAGUGAACAAUAUAAUCGAUGAGAAGUCCGGCAUGAAGGUGUUAGCUUUAACUGGUUCCGAUUCAGAUGUUUUGGAUUAUUAACUUUAAGCAGUGCAAUGGUUCGCGGAUUUCGGUAUUUCCGUUUUACAUAAUGCUUUAUAUUAUUAAAUUAUAUAUCGAUUUACUAUAAACUUGUUACUAUCGGUUGCUGCUUGCAUUAAAUUGAGGGCGGCGAUGUAGAACUUUUAAGAACACAAUAAAUUUAUACAUUUUAAAGUGACUGGAUGCAACAGUAAACAUUUCGGAUGCCUUUAAAUUAUGCAAUUAAAUUUAACUGUCUGCGUUACUAUCGAUAAACAAAGGGGCAGCGUUGCAGGGCGUUAAUAAAUAAUACUUUAUGGUAUAUAUAAAUAUUAAAAUUAUGUAUAAUAAGUAAAUAUAAUGUUGAGUAAACAUUGUUAUCAGCAAAUAAAACUUGAAAAGUUUUAAAAUUUUCGUUUU